GUUGACAUUGUCAGAAAAGUGAUAAUUCUACUUUAUGUUCAUUAUUGAGGUCGUAGUGGGUGGUGGUGGUGCACUUUAGUGUAUUUUAUUCAAAAGUGUUUCUAAUAUUUUGUUUCACAGCAUUAACAUACAUGAAUACAUGAAACAUGAAUACAAUAACAUAAAUGAUUGAAAGAAAGGCUGAGUAUGUUUCAAGUUUGAAAAUGUCAACACUAAUCACACCCUAACCCUCAGAUCUGCGUCAGACUGUUCAAAUGGCUCAGAGCAUUAAAACUUAAAGCUGCCUCACAGAAAGUUUUUGAAACAACUAAAAGACUCCAGAGGACCUGAGGGGCCAUCCGGGUUCACACAUGUCCAGUCCGGUCUGGUCUGCCUGUGUUGUCUCCAGUUUCAGCAGCCAGUCUCCAUCCAAAGAUGCCUCUGUUCGUUACAGCUUCGGUCGCCCCGUCCUGUCUCUGCGACUCCCUGCAGGUCGGGAGUGUCGCUUCAUUCUGACACCGAUGCUGACCACGGUGGGCGACCUGCUGCGUGACAUCACAGCCAAAGACCCCGGGGUGCAUGCCACCGCCCUGCUCAAUGGAGAUGGACAGAGAAUCUCUUCAUGCACCUGUAUGGAAACUGUUUUAAAUAAAGAUUUCCAGCUCAUGAUCAAUGACAUCACAUACAACGUUCGCUCACCUGGACCAGGCUCGUCUCAUGAACACGUGUUGGGUCUGGAUGAUAUGAAGUACGUGGUCCACCUGCUUCACUCGGCUCUGACUCUUCCUCAGCAGCAGCACCUCAAACACACCGAGCUGAUGAUCAGACAGGACGAACUCAAACAGCAGCUGCAGCCACUGGAGACGGUGAGAGUCCAGAUGGCGAAGGAGGCGGAGUCUAGAGCAUCAUUACUGGGAUGGGUGGGGCUCGCUUACCUGUCACUGCAGGGAGGAUUCCUGGCUUACCUCACCUGGUAUGUGUUUGCCUGGGACGUGAUGGAGCCCGUCACCUACUUCAUCACCUACAGCACCAGCAUGCUCUUCUUCGCCUACUACGUCCUCACCAAACAGGAUUUCAUCUGCCCAGAUGUGAGAGAUCGUCAGUUCCUCAACUUCUUCCACCAGAAAGCAUCUCAUCACAAAUUUGAUGUUCAAAAAUACAACCAGCUGAAAGACGAGCUGGCAGAGGUGGAGAGUAAUCUCAGGACUUUGAGGAGUGCCAUUCAGCUGCAGCAGCCGGUGGAUCAGAUGCCUCAAAGAGCCAACUGACAUUUUACCUAAUUGUCUUUUUUUAUGUGACAUAAAAUAUAAUUUUUGUACGCAGUGUUUCUGAAAAAUGUUGGUUUCUGUUUCAUCAAAGACCCAGUGGAAAAAAAAAAAUCUUUCUGCAUCCCCCUGCAUAAUUUUUUCUGCUUUCUAUGGAUAUCUGUCAAGUAAAUGUCAAAAUAUUAAAG